GUUACGCCGCCUGCAUUGUGUCCAAAUCCUUGCAUCACGGCUGAGUCUCUCUGUCCACGCACUCUUCCUCAGGCCGUGCACGCUUGCACGUGCAGGGGCCAAAAAAAAGAAGACGAAGCAGGUGGAUGACAAGGCGCCGGCGCUUCUCAGCUACCGCGGACUACAUAGCAAAGGACAGCCCUUUACCAGACUUCCGCACUCGACAUGGACACCUUCUUCCGUCGCCACUUCAGGAGGAAGGAGGCGGGUGGGCCGGAGUACUCCCGGCACCGACGGCCCAGCGUUGCCGUGCCUACUGGCAAGGCCCGUCGACGCUCCAGCGUGGGCCUCCCUUCUGCUGUACUCACCCAGCGGCGCCGCUCUAGUGUGCAGAUGCCAGGAGCCUCCUCUGUAGCCGAAACCCAGGGUCCGGCUGGUCGUCGGCUGGCCGAGGAUUACUACGCCCGGCGCCGGUCCAGUACCACCACUCCAAGCCUGAACCCUCGUUUUGCGGUGCGGCGUCGGCAGGGUGGCAAGCUGCGCACCAUUGACACACACCUUCUGGGCCCCUCCAUGCUGCUGGCCAGCCUCAUCCAGAUGGCCGAGGAAGAGGAGAUUGCAGAACGACAGGCAGAGGCCCGUGGGGACGGUCUCUCCUGCACCGACUCCGAUGAAGAAGACGAUGAGGAGAGUUUGCCUUCAGGCAGUCCAUCAGAGGGCAGCAGCAGUGAACCUCUCGAGCCCCCGGCCUCUGGCUGGGUAGGGCUGUCUGAUAAGGAGCUUGAAGAUGCCACCAUGUGGUGGGACCAGGAGGUCUGCCAAGGCGUGACCGUGGAAAACCUCCAGUCACGAUCCCUCCUUCGCGCCCCUCGCUGCCUGCGCCGCAACUCGUCUCACCUGCUGCCCGCAGAUGCUGUGCAUUGUGAGAGAAGCUACAAUGGCCUCUACGGACGCUACUGGCGCACCAGUCAGCGGCGCAGCUCCGUAGUCUCUGGCAUAUCCAGCGCCUGGCCACCGCCCAGUCGGAGGAGCUCGCUCGCUGGGGGGCGGAGCUCUUUGUACCGGAAUUGCUCCUCUUGCUGGAGGUCCCCAGUCCGAAAGGGCUCUCUGAGCCACCUUCAGGGUGCCUAUUAUGACCCCCGGCUGGAAACAUGGAGUGGGUUUCUCUCGAAAGCCAUCGCCAAGGCGGGCCUCCAGCACCUGAGUGGCCAGCCCUGCGCCUCGGCUGUGGUGAGAAGCGACCAGGAGCGGGAGAUCCGCAGCACCGUGGACUGGAGUGAGAACGCUCUUUAUGGGGAGCACAUCUGGUUCGAGACCAACGUCUCCGGGGAUUUCUGCUACGUUGGAGAGCAGCACUGUAUCGCCAGAACACUGCAAAAAUCAGUACCUCGAAAGAAGUGUGCCGCCUGCAAGAUAGUGGUCCACACGAUCUGCAUUGAGCAGCUGGAAAAAAUCAAUUUCCGGUGUAAGCCAUCAUUUCGGGAAUCAGGAUCGAGAAACAUACGGGAGCCCACCAUUGUUCGGCACCACUGGGUCCACCGGAGGAGGCAGGAGGGCAAGUGCAAACAGUGUGGAAAGGGCUUCCAGCAAAAAUUUGCUUUUCACAGUAAAGAAAUUGUGGCCAUCAGCUGCUCAUGGUGCAAACAGGCGUAUCACAACAAGGUGACGUGCUUCAUGCUCCAGCACAUUGAGGAGGCUUGCUCACUAGGAGCACAUGCUGCUGUCAUUGUCCCCCCAACCUGGAUCAUCCACGUCCGCCGACCUCAGACCUCAUUAAAGUCAAGUAAAAAGAAGAAACGGACCUCAUUCAAGCGCAAGUCCAGCAAGAAAGGCGCAGAGGAGGCGAAGUGGAAGCCGUUCAUCGUGAGGCCCAUUCCCUCGCAGCUCAUGAAACCCUUGCUGGUGUUUGUCAACCCAAAGAGUGGAGGGAACCAGGGAGCCAAGAUAAUUCAGUCCUUUAUGUGGUACCUGAACCCCCGACAAGUGUUCGACCUCAGUCAGGGAGGACCCAGAGAGGGUUUGGAAAUGUAUCGCAGGGUGCAUAACUUGCGCAUCUUGGCCUGCGGUGGGGACGGAACGGUGGGUUGGAUCCUGUCUAUGCUGGACCAGCUUCAGCUGAAUCCCCAACCGGCUGUGGCCGUCCUGCCUCUGGGGACCGGCAAUGACCUGGCAAGGACCCUCAACUGGGGUGGGGGAUACACAGAUGAGCCAGUAUCCAAAAUCCUGUCGCAUGUGGAGGAUGGGAAUAUCGUCCAGCUGGACCGCUGGAACCUCAUUGUGCAGCCCAACCCUGAAGCGAGCCAGGAGGAGAAGGACGAGCAGCAGACAGACAAGCUUCCCCUUGAUGUUUUCAACAACUACUUCAGCCUUGGUUUUGACGCGCAUGUAACACUGGAGUUUCAUGAAUCUAGAGAAGCCAACCCAGAGAAAUUCAACAGCCGCUUUAGGAACAAGAUGUUCUACGCAGGGACGGCCUUCUCAGACUUCCUAAUGGGCAGCUCUAAAGACUUAGCCAAACACAUUAAAGUGGUGUGUGAUGGCACAGAUCUGACAUCAAAGGUCCAGGAGCUCAAGCUGCAGUGUCUUGUGUUCCUCAACAUUCCCAGAUAUUGUGCCGGCACAAUGCCUUGGGGAAACCCCAGCGAACAUCAUGACUUUGAGCCACAGAGGCAUGACGAUGGCUGCAUUGAAGUCAUUGGGUUUACCAUGACCUCCCUGGCAACGCUUCAGGUUGGAGGUCACGGAGAGAGAUUGAACCAAUGCAGGGAGGUGACACUCACGACCUACAAGUCCAUCCCCAUGCAGGUGGAUGGGGAGCCCUGCCGGCUGGCCCCCUCCAUCAUCCGCAUCUCUCUGAGGAACCAGGCCAACAUGGUGCAGAAGACUAAGAGAAGGACUUCCAUUCCUCUGCUCAAUGACCAGCAGCCCGUUCCCGAGAGGCUCCGGAUCCGAGUGAGCCGGAUCAGCAUGCACGACUACGAGGCCCUGCACUACGACAAGGAGAAGCUGAAGGAGGCCUCAAUCCCACUGGGCCUCAUUGUCAUCCCUGGAGACAGCGACCUGGAAACCUGUCGCACCCACAUCGAGAGACUACAGGAGGACUUCAUAUCCGUUCACCCGUCCUUCCAGCGACUGGUGCUUCAGGAGGGAGAUGGUGCAAAACUGAAGACACUUUCCUCACAGAAGCUCUCACCAAAAUGGUGUUUUCUGGACUCCACAACUGCAGAUCGAUUUUAUAGAAUAGAUCGUGCUCAGGAGCACUUAAACUAUGUGACGGAGAUCUCGCAAGAUGAGCUCUUCAUUCUCGACCCGGAGCUCAUCAUCACCGAGACAGUGGGCACUUCCCCGGGAAUGCCGGACCUCGUCGAUAGGUCGGGAGAGUUCCCUGCAGCAGCGCACCAGUUUGCCUUCCCAUCGUCCUCCUCUCCGCCGGCCUCCCCCGUCCCCAGGAUUCUGGAGCUCCAGCGAGCUACUCAGCGGAAGCGCAUCUCAAGCGACAGCUCCAUCACCGAGGCUCUGGCCCAUAGUGACUCCCUGAGGUCAGCCAAACCAUCUCUCAGCAGGUCUGAGAGGACUGUCGCAAACAACACAGUAUCAGCAGAAAUACUGUUUGAAUGUGUGAAAAGCAAAGACCAUCAGAAGUUGAAGGAGCUCCACAAACUGGGCGCGGACCUGGCUGUGCAGGACUCCUCUGGCUGCACACUGCUGCACCAUGCUGUGGAUGCUGGUAGCAAGGAGAUCGUCAAAUACAUCAUUGACAACACAUCCACUGAUAUCUUGGAUGUAGCAGAUAAAGAGAGUGGAGAGACAGUUCUACACAAAGCAGCUUCACUGUGCCAGAGGACAAUCUGCCAUUACCUGGUGGAGGCCGGGGCAUCCCUCAUGAAGACGGACCUGCAGGGCGACACUCCUAAACACAGGGCAGAGAAAGCCAAGGAUCCCGAGCUGGCAGCCUACCUAGAGAACCGGCAGCACUACCAGAUGAUCCAACGAGAAGACCAGGAAACUGCUGUGUAACCAGCCUCUGCCCACCUCCUUGUGCCAAAAUGAUCUUGAGAAGCAGACGGAAGUAGAAAAGACAGAGAAAGAGCAUUCCGUAGCUCCUAAUGGAGGGUCCUCCUGUGGUUGUGUUGCCAACAGAAGGUUCCUAGAGACGGGAGGAGUGUUCGUCUUCACGUCUUUUUUCCUUUAUAGUUCAUUGCACUGCCAAAACAAAUAUUGUUUAGUGUUUCUUUCUUUUUGAAAUGCACGAGAAAAAGCUAUUUUUUAGGUCUUGGUGCACAGAAGUUUUGCUGAGCUUUGCUGCAGCCGGUCCAAAAGGCAAGAUUUCAAAGGAUUGCAAAGGGAGUUUUGCACAAUUUCAGGUGUAGGAAUAGAACAUAUGAAUGUUUUCACUGACGUUACUGUUCUACUGCAAAAAUCACUGUUCACCCUGUCAAGUGUGUUGUGUUGCAGUGUGAAAAUAACAUCUGAAUUUCAAAAAGGAUAUUUUCUUGCAAGGGAUGAGGUGACAAAUCACAAUAUUAGUAUUACAGAUUUUGGCUUUUGACUGAAAUUAGGGUUAGUUGGACUUUUUUGUAUGAAUUUUUUUUUAUGAUCACGAUCAUUUUUCAGUGAUUUGCUGACUGACUUUUUUUAAUCACACCACAAUUUGGUGUUCAAAUGUAAUUUCAAGUGAGUGACUUUUCAUGCUGAAAGCUUCUUUUCCACUGCACAAUUAAACCAAUGAAUUAAGCAGUUGUCUUUAACGGCAAUAAGUGAGUGGAUUAGCUUCAGGUCAGGUUCUGGUUUAAAUGAAGAAGAUUGGUACUGUAAUUUAGUAGCUCUCUCUCGAAGCAGCUCUUGCAGAGCUGUGGUUAUUGAUAAAAAUUUUUUUUUCCGUUCCAUGUACCAUUGAUUGCUUGAAUUUCUCUUUCGCGCUGGUUAAUGUUACACUUCUUACUACCAUCUAAAGUAAAUAGAUAUUUAUA